UUUAAGAGCCGCCCGAGGCUCCCCCCGCAGCCCGGCCCUGCCGAAAGGGGAAGCGCCGCCCGCGCCCUGCCGUGUCCGAGACCGGCUGCCCGCGCCCAGUCGAUAUCGGCUACGGCCGCGUCUGUGCCCGGCCAUGGACGCGGGCCCCCGCCUGCCCCGGGAGACCGCCGACGGGCCCGGGUCGGAGGCGCAGCUGGACGACUUCGUGGGCGCGCACCCCGACUACGACGAGGAGGAGGAGGAGCGCAAGUACUUCCGCCGCAAGCGCCUCGGCGUGCUCAAGAACGUGGUGGCGGCCAGCCUGGGCGGCACGCUGACCUACGGCGUCUACCUGGGCCUGUUGCAGAUGCAGAUGAUCCUGCACUAUGAUGAGACUUACCGAGAGGUGAAAUACAGCAACAUGGGGCUCCAGGACAUCGACAGCAAGAUGCUGAUGGGCAUCAAUGUCACUCCCAUUGUGGCUCUGCUGUACACACCCAUCCUCAUCAGGUUCUUUGGCACCAAGUGGACGAUGUUCCUGGCUGUGGGAAUCUAUGCACUCUUCGUCUCCACCAAUUACUGGGAGCGCUACUACACACUGGUGCCUUCAGCUGUGGCAAUCGGCAUAGCCAUUGUACCCCUCUGGGCCUCCAUGGGCAACUACAUCACUCGGAUGGCACAGAAGUACUACGAAUACGUGAAUUACAAGGAGGAACAUGUGCAGGAGCAGCACCGGGCACCACGUGGAGCCUACAAUUCCUAUAUCAUUGUCUUCCAGACCAUCUUCUAUGGCUGCUUCCAUCUAAGCUUUGUCUGCGCCCAGAUGCCCAUGGUCUUCUUCCUGAACAAAUUCCUGUAUGAGCUGAACCACACACUCUUCAAUGUCAAGAGCUGUGGCACCUUGAGCAAAGGGAUGCUUCCAGGCUUCAACACCACUGUGCUGCAAGGCCUGCCACGCAGCAUCAACCUCCUUGUGGUGGAGAGUGUCCUCAUGGCUGUGGCUUUCCUCUCCAUGCUUAUGGUCACCACUCCCUGUGUUUGCCGCUUCCACCAACAGGUGCUGAUCCUGUGUGGCUCAGCCUACCGCCCCACAGAGGAGAUUGACCUGCGCAGCAUUGGCUGGGGUAACAUCUUCCAGCUGCCCUUCAAGCACAUGCGGGACUACCGCCUGCGCCACCUCUUCCCUUUCUUCAUUUAUAGUGGCUUUGAAGUGCUUUUUGUCUGCACCGGCUUUUCCCUGAAUUAUGGUGUCUGUGCCAUUGGGCUGGAGAACCUGGCUUACAUUCUCAUGGCAUACGGCUUCUCAGCCUCGGCCUGCUCCAGUCUGGCACUCUGCAUGCUGUGCCUGCCGCGCCACACCGUGCUCCUGGCUGGAGCCAUUGUCCAUGCCAUCCUGUUGAUAGGCCUGUUUUGUUGGGCGCCUAUGCCCCAGCACCUGGCUGAAGCACCCCUGCUCUACGUUGUGGCUGUCCUCUGGGGGCUUGGCAGUGCCCUGAACAAGACCGGCCUCAGCAUUCUCCUAGGGAUGCUGUAUGAGGACAAAGAGCGACAGGACUUCAUCUUCACCAUCUACCACUGGUGGCAGGCAUUGGCCAUUUUCGUUGUGUACUUGUGGGCAGGGCUCCCUAUGAAGGCCAAGCUGUCCAUCAUGCUGCUGACUCUUCUGGUGUCAGUGCUGUCCUAUGGCUGGAUGGAGCACAAGGUUGCAUGCCACAUCCAGCACCGUAUGCCAAAGAUCCCCAAGCCACGUCAUAAGGUGCGAGGCUACCGCUACUUGGAAGCUGAGAACUCAGAUGAGACAGGCUCUGAGAGCGAGCGGGAGCACGAGAGUGAUGGCGAAGGCUCCCAGGAGCAGCCCCGUGGCCCACAGCAGCACCAGGACUGUGCCUACAAACAGGCUGUUGGGGAGGAAGAUGAGGAUCGCUUAGGGUAGGAGCUGCCCCAACCCUAGGCUCUGAUGCUUCUUCACCCCUGGCUGUGUACAUGGAGAAGGGCCUGGUGCUAGAUGGCCAUACAGCCCUCUGCCCUGCUGGCCAUGGGAGCACCCUUACUAUAGUCAGACCAUGCUGAGGGCCCCUGAGGCACUUCCAGACUGAUCAGAGGGAGUAGUCAUAAUCAGGAGCCCAGAGUUGCCUUUAGCUCAGCCCCAUAGCUCUCCUUGCCCUGGGUCAUAGUAAUGCCAGCAGCUGGACCUGGCUUUCACAGGCCCACAUCAGAUUUUGCCUGGACUCUGAGCUGCUCACAGCAUUCUCAGUGUGCCAAGGGGGGGACCCUGGGCAGUGGGCAUACAGAAGAGGAAGCCUAUCUGCUUCUGCCCUGGCUGGUGUACAACGGGGUUGGGGUUUGGUACUACAUAUGUGGUUUUGUGUGUGGCUGUACUAAGGGUUCCCCCACGUCAAACAGUAUGACUGGCCCUAAGAAACUAUCCCUGGUGGCUUAUCAGUGCCAGUUCAAAUGAUGCCAGUUCUCACAGCCUGCUGCUCCCCAUUUCUGGCAGGACAAGGCUCAGACAAAGGGCCUGGAAAGCACUGUCUGCUGGUGUCAGGUUCCAAGACCCUGCAGCUGAGCCAUGCCCUCUGGAAGAGCACCAGAGGCCUGGCUGCCAUCUUUACUGGGGUGUCCCAAGCUGGGCACUAGUUUUCCACUGCCCCAUCUCUCAGCAGAGGAGCUAGGAUUUCUGCUGCUGGGAACCUCAUCCUGCUCCAGGGAGCAGGGAAGUACUUCAGCCUAUAGGCCAGGGGUGGGCAAAAUGCGGCCCGUGGGCCAGAUGCGGCCUGCCAAGCCAUUCUAUCUGGCCUGCAGAGCCCCUAAAAAAUUUAGAAAAUUAAUAUUAAUCUGCCCUGGGCUGCCUGUCAUGUGGCCCUCGAUGGCUUGCCAAAACUCAGUAAGUGGCCCUCUGCCCAAAAUAAUUGCCCACCCCUGCUGUAGGCUGAGGCCCUGGUGCCAGGAAAGGGUAGAUGAGAAGUCUGCCUACCCCCUGAACUUGGCUGCAUCCUACUUCACACUGUAAAGGCACUUCCCUCCCCCAAUAAAGGUCUGAUUCAGAGUU